GAAGGCGCCGGGCUGCAGCCCUGGGAUGGGAUCCGCCUGCCUCGCCCGCAGCUCGCGGCUCCUCCCGCAGCGCCUUGGCUGAGCUCGGAGGAUCCCGUGAGGACUUGCCCAGAGAUGUGCACCUGCCGCGCGCUCCCAGGGCAGGGGCCGGGGUGCAGGCAGCCGAGGGAGCGGUGAAGCGGCGGAAACCGUCUCUGCCCAUGUGCCAGACAGUGAUUUUGGGGGAGAGAGAGGGCGGGUGAGUCUCUUCAGAGUUGGGAAGAAGGCAAGAUCUUUGGUUUCUCCUCGGCGGAGGGACAGGGGACUCCCUCACUUGGGUUUUGCACUUUCCUUACCUCUCCCACCCGGCGUGCGAACCCGGCCCAGCGCCGAAGAAGCCCCACUUCAAAGAUGCUGUGGGGGACCGGGAUCCUUGCUGCUCAGCGGGAAGUCAGCAGGCAAGUGGUCUAACGGCGCGGCGACAGCAGCAGCAGCAAAGCGGGGAGCAAGAGAAUUUGAAGAGACAUCGCUCGCUCCCUCUCACACUCUGAGGGGGAGGCAUUCACGUUUCCCCAAAUGAGAAAGAGCCACAAGAAAUCAUGAAGUAGAAACUUUGGAAAGCUGCCACUGGAGAUGGUGCACAAAAACCUGGGAUCUUUUAGGAGUCUCCUCCCAGUCGUUGGAGGUUUGGGGAGCAGCUGAUACAGCGAAGAGGGCUCUUGCGAGGAUUCGAGUUCCAGAGCCCAAGAGGAGCGGCACAGAGUGGGAGAGCGUGGCGAGAGAAUGAAGAAACCAACCGCCCGGGAGAAGCAUGAGGUGGCAGUGUGGCACUCAGUUUAGAGGGCUUCAGCCAGGGGUGGCACCAUGGGCAGCCCUGCUGGCAUUGGGCCUGCCCAGUUGGGUGUUGGCUGUCUCGGCCAUGGUGGCCAAUGUGGCCCCCGAGCAGCAUGCCUUCUCGGCCGGCCAGCACCCCCUGGACUGGCUGCUCACAGACCGGGGCCCCUUCCACCGAGCUCAGGAGUACGCUGACUUCAUGGAGCGCUACCGCCAGGGCUUCACCACCAGGUACAGGAUCUACAGGGAGUUUGCCCGUUGGAAAGUGAACAACUUGGCUCUCGAGAGGAAGGACGUCUUCAGUUUGCCACUGCCUCUCGCCCCAGAGUUUAUCCGGAACAUCCGCCUCCUCGGAAGGAGACCCAACCUGCAGCAGGUUACCGAAAACCUGAUCAAAAAGUACGGCACACAUUUCCUACUUUCCGCCACCCUUGGAGGAGAAGAGUCUCUGACCAUUUUUGUGGAUAAGCGGAAACUGAGCAGAAAGACAGAGACAACAGGAAGUGCCCCUAUAAUUGGAGGCGGUGGCAACAGCUCCGCAGUGUCCCUGGAGACGCUGCACCAGCUGGCAGCCUCCUACUUCAUCGACAGAGAGAGCACGCUGCGACGGCUGCACCACAUACAGAUCGCCACGGGGGCCAUCAAGGUCACAGAGACCAGGACCGGUCCUCUGGGCUGCAGCAAUUAUGACAAUCUGGACUCAGUCAGCUCUGUCCUGGUGCAGAGUCCAGAGAACAAAGUGCAGUUACUAGGCCUGCAGGUGCUGCUGCCCGAGUACCUGCGGGAGCGCUUUGUGGCCGCAGCACUCAGCUACAUCACAUGCAGCUCAGAGGGCGAGCUGGUCUGCAGGGAGAAUGACUGCUGGUGCAAGUGCAGCCCCACCUUCCCGGAAUGCAACUGCCCUGACGCCGAUGUCCAGGCCAUGGAGGACAGCCUUCUACAGAUCCAGGACUCCUGGGCCACUCACAACCGGCAGUUCGAGGAGUCAGAAGAGUUCCAGGCCCUGCUAAAAAGGCUGCCCGAUGACCGGUUCCUGAACUCCACAGCCAUCUCCCAGUUCUGGAUCAUGGACUCCAGCCUCCAGCACCGCUACCAGCAGCUGGGAGCCAGCCUGAAUGUGCUGUUCAAGAAGACCCAUCGGAUCGUCCGCCGCCUCUUCAACCUGUGCAAGCGCUGCCAGCGGCAGCCUCGCUUCCGCCUGCCCAAGGAGAGGUCCUUGUCCUACUGGUGGAACCGAAUCCAGUCCCUCCUCUACUGUGGAGAAAGCACCUUCCCUGGCACCUUCCUGGAACAGAGCCACAGCUGCACCUGCCCCUAUGACCAAUCUUCCUGCCAGGGCCCCAUCCCAUGUGCCUUGGGCGAAGGGCCUGCAUGUGCCUACUGUGCUCAGGACAACAGCACGCGAUGUGGGAGCUGCAACCCGGGCUACGUGCUGGCCCAGGGGCUAUGCCGGCCGGAGGUGGCCGAAUCCCUGGAGAACUUUCUCGGGUUGGAGACAGACCUGCAGGACCUAGAGCUGAAGUACCUGCUGCAGAAGCGGGAUGGCCGCAUCGAGGUACACUCCAUUUUCAUCAGCAACGACAUGCGUCUGGGCAGCUGGUUUGACCCUUCCUGGAGGAAGCGCAUGCUGCUUACCCUGAAGAGCAACAAGUACAAGCCGGGGCUGGUGCACGUGAUGUUGGCCUUGUCCUUGCAGAUCUGCCUCACCAAGAACAGCACCCUGGAGCCUGUCAUGGCCAUCUACGUCAACCCUUUUGGGGGCAGCCACUCUGAGAGCUGGUUCAUGCCCGUGAAUGAGGGUGACUUCCCUGACUGGGAAAGGACUAACGUGGAUGCAGCUGCCCAGUGCCAAAACUGGACUAUCACCUUGGGGAACAGGUGGAAGACCUUCUUUGAGACAGUCCAUGUUUACCUACGGAGCCGAAUCAAGUCCCUGGAUGACAGCUCCAAUGAGACAAUCUACUACGAGCCCCUGGAGAUGACUGACCCCUCCAAGAAUUUGGGCUACAUGAAAAUCAACACUUUGCAGGUCUUUGGCUACAGCCUGCCCUUUGACCCAGAUGCUAUCCGGGACUUAAUUCUCCAGUUGGACUACCCGUAUACUCAAGGUUCCCAGGACUCCGCCCUCUUGCAGCUCAUCGAGCUUAGGGACCGGGUGAACCAGCUUUCUCCACCUGGCAAAGUCCGGCUUGACCUUUUCUCCUGCUUGCUUCGGCAUCGGCUCAAGCUGGCCAACAACGAGGUGGGCAGGAUCCAGUCCUCCCUGAGGGCUUUCAAUUCUAAACUGCCAAACCCCGUGGAGUAUGAGACAGGCAAACUGUGUAGCUAAUGGGGUCCUACUCCAGCACUGGCCAGGGAGGGGAUCCCCAAAUCCAGGGUGCAAAGAUAAUCCAAGGCCUCACCUCAGUGCCAACAGGGUGCUCCCAUGAGACUUUCAGCACCCAGCAGAUGGGACCUCGAGGCUUGGACUGGAGCAGGCAGGAGAGAGAGAAAGAGCCACUGCACACAGGCACACACACGUACACACACACACACACACUCACACGGGGAGGCUACAACCAGCAGCCUUGGAUCUGUGAAGUUGGUGCUUUCCAAAAUGAAUGCAGUUGUAGGAGAGGAGCCCAGGAAGAGAUUAAGAAAAAGAACCAGCUGAACCAUGAAACGGACCAACGAAAAUCGUUAAAAAGUGAUUCUUGUCAUUCAAGAAAGCAAGAGGGGACAAAGAGGGGAGGGGUGGGAGCUCUUCCUCCCCCUCUGUGGAGGCACUUUUGUAUUCUUUUUAACCAGAUUUCUUAAAAUGUUGUUUCGUGAAUCCCUACAUCAGUUCUUACUUUUUGUAAGCUGCCUCCCCGUGCCCUCCCACAAGCUGACUGCUCCCCUAGGAAACUUGGCAAGAGCCAGCGACAGGAGCAAACUCUGCAGGCGGCAUCCCUGCUCCCUCCCCGCCUCUCCUGCUCUCCAACCCCACGUUUCCUUCCUUGGCCUCCCCAGCUUCAGGGCUCUGGCUCCUCCCACGUUCCCCUCGUGCUCCAUCCAGACCCCUCCUUCCGACGACAGCGCUCCUUCUGUCCCAGAAAGCAGCUCUGUUGAGUUAGAGACAUUGUAUAGGGAAAUGUUCUUUUUCUAAAACAAAACAAAACAAAAAUAUUUAUUUUGUGAUUGUUUUCCUUGUCAAUCUGCUCCAGUCACAUGAACAUCUGAGUAAAAAUUUACCUGGUUUAAUAUA